GUUUUAAAGCUGAUGAUCCAGCAGAUGCUCCAGAUAGUGCUGGUCCAUUAGAUGCAAGUGCUUUAGAUGCAGAUAGUGCUGUUGGUUCAGCAGGUCUUCUAGAAGGUGCUGGUGGUCCAAUUUCACCAUCUGAUUUCACAAUCAUCUGUGACAAAAAAUAUUGA